AUGGCCUCGAUACGAUAUUCUUCCAGCUCGUUGCUGGCAAAAUGCUCCGCGGCGUCCGCAGCUCCCGCCGCUGGCAGAUGCAUCGCCAACACCAGCCGAGUGCGCAACUUCGCGACAGAGACCUCCCCUCCAAAGAAGCUCAAGCCAUUGACGCAGGAACAAAAAGAUUUCCUCUCAUCCGCCCUCCGCGUCAACCAAGCGGGCGAGCUCGCCGCCACCCUCAUCUACAAAGGGCAAACACCACCUAUUGUCCGCCAACACCCUCACCUCCGCCCGCUCAUGAAGCACAUGUACGACCAAGAAGCUGGCCACUUUGACACAUUCAACGCCUUAAUACACAAGCACCGAGUCCGCCCAACAGCCCUAUACCCCGUCUGGUCGGUCCUCGCCACAGGCCUGGGCUGGUCAACCGCUCUGAUGGGCCGUGAGGCAGCCAUGGCCUGCACGGAAGCAGUCGAGACGGAAAUCGGCAACCACUACAACGAGCAAAUCCGCACUCUUAUUGAAAUGGUCACACAAUGGAAGCAGGAAGGAUACGAAGUCAGCGACGAAAUCUCCGAGCUCACCAAGACGCUGCGCAGAAUACGAGACGAGGAGCUGGAGCAUCUCGACCAUGCCGUUGAGCACGAUGCGAAAAAGGCAGAGCCGCAUUGGUUACUGACAGGCGUCAUUCGUGCAGGCUGUAAAGGCGCCAUCUGGGUUAGCGAACGCGUCUAG